AUGAUGUUGUUAAUCAAGACCGGUGUGUUAUUAAUCAUUCUGUUCAGUUUAAAUACACUUUGUGACUCGUGCGCCUGUGAGUUCCAUCCUGUGCUAUCUGGUAAAUGGUUUUUUACUGGUGAAAAUAAAAAUAUCAACAUCAAGAUCCACUCUAAAAUUAUAGUGUUUAAAGUCUCGAACUAUUUAAAACUACGGUAUAAAUGUACAGAGAGAUACGGCAAUAUCUAUCUAUUGAGAAUUUUAUGUUUAUUCUUAGAGGUAGAUUUCCUUUCAGAUUUGUUCAUGAAAGGGGGUUUUACGUCCAUCCAUGUUGAAGGUCGAGGUUUUGACUCGUUUAUCUUCAGUCCUAAGAACGUAACAAGAAAAUAUGCAAAUAUAGACAAUACCUGUGAUUCUGAAAUCAGCCGAGAAAGAAAAUUUAUUUAUCGAAAGGGUGGAUGUCGAGUACCUAGAGAUAUGGUAGGAACCUGGGGUUUUACUUUCCGUCAAUCAUCAGCUAUAACUAUGGGUAAAAGGAAUUUAACGAUUCAUUUCUUAAAUAAUGAUAAUUUAACAUUGAACUGUGAGGCAAGAGAUAGAAACAUGUUUUUAUUCAGACGAUCCAGUUACAUAAAUUCCUCGACGGAUGCCAUCAUUUGUGUGCAGAUUGAUCCAGUUCUAGAUGACCCGUUUUAUGAUUAUGAAUUUAAUCGAAUUAUAACUGGUAAUGCAGUAGAAAAUCUUGUGAGGACCGUACCACGUGGUAAAAAACUUUAUAUCAAUUCCGAUUGUGAUAUGAUACAUAGUCCCGCUCGUCCAGAAUAUAUAUAUACUGUUGAUAAUAUACUUUAA